AUGUGUUUAAACAUUAAAAAAAUUACAAGUUUGAUGCAAUUAAUAGCCUAUUCUUAAAUAUAAAAAAAAUAAAAAAAAUAUUUAUAAAUAUAGCAAAAUUUCACUAUCUAUCUACAAUCGAUCAUGAUAAACUACCAUUUAUAUAUAUCUAUGUUAUAAUAGAAAUAAAUAGUAGCCUAUCGCAAAUAAAUUAUGAUAUUUUACUUUUUGUCAUUUAAAAUAUUUUUCGUAAUUAAUUAUCAUAAACCAUCCCCUAAUCAUGAGAAAAGGGAAAGAAAAAUAGUGUCAAUUGGACUUAGUAACCUUAAUCGGAGCAGGCUGGCCGGCCGCAGCAGCAUCCCACAGCGCCUAUAAAUUCACACCUCCAUCCAGAAAGCUUUCUCAGAUUGAAUUGAACCGAAUAAUCUCUGUUUCCGAUCAAAAGCAGAGGGCGGAGGAACAUUCCGAUGAGGCAAGCGGGAGCAUAUUCCGGUGUGAUGUACUGGAAGACAGGGCCGCACUCGCUGCCGUUGGCGAGGAUAAAGAAGAUCAUGAAGAAAUCCGGAGAAGAGGUGAAGAUGAUCUCUGGCGAGGCUCCGAUCGUGUUCUCGAAGGCGUGUGAACUGUUCAUCGAAGAAUUGACGAAGAGAUCGUGGAUGAUUGCGAUGCAGAGCAAGAAGAGGAUGCUUCACAAAGAGGAUGUCGCUUCCGCCAUUUUGGCUACUGAUGUUUUCGAUUUUCUGAUCGGAUUGAUCUUCAAUGAAACCGCCACCGCCACCGCCGCCGCUGCCGCCGGCGGAGACCUUGCUGAAAGUGAAAAUAUGUCCAUACCUUGCUGAAAUGAUCGAACUCUUUUCCAUUUCUUUUUUCUCUGUUAUAAUGAAUUCUCAAUUCGUUUCUCUAUAAUAAUGUAAAGAAUGAUUCUGAAACCUGUGGUUCCA